CAAGUCAAAACAACCACUGUUUUGGAAUAUUGUUUGAGUUUAUUUGCUUUUUCUGGUUUGUGCAUAGAAAGUUAAAUUUAUAAAUUAAAUAAAAAAACAACCUUAUUCAGCAUGUACACACUUUUAAGUGGAUUUUAUAAAUAUCUCACACAAAAAGACGAAUAUUGCAUAUUAAUCUUGGGGUUGGAUAAUGCUGGAAAGACGACCUACCUGGAGGCAGCGAAAACCAAGUUCACCAAAAAUUAUCGCGGUAUGAAUCCAAGUAAGAUUACUACCACAGUAGGACUAAAUAUUGGGCAGAUCGAUAUUCAGGGAAUUCGGAUGAGCUUCUGGGAUUUAGGAGGUCAACAGGAACUGCAAUCAUUGUGGGACAAAUAUUACUCCGAAUCACAUGCCGUUAUUUACGUAGUGGAUUCCAAUGAUCGCGAUCGCAUGCACGAAUCGAAAGAAGUGUUCGACCGAAUGAUAGGAAACGAGUACCUUUCCAGCGUUCCUUUACUCGUGUUGGCCAAUAAGCAGGAUCUGCCAGACUGUAUGGGCGUCCGAGAAAUUAAGCCGGUUUUUCAGGAGGCGGGCCAUUUGAUUGGUCGAAGGGAUUGUCUGGUGAUGCCAGUUUCAGCCCUAACCGGUGAAGGAGUUGACGAGGGCAUCAAAUGGCUAGUGGAAUCAAUAAAGCGCAAUUCCUUUGCCCGUCCUCCAAAAACAGAGGACACAUGAUAAGUAAAUCAAUGGAAAACCGGUGUGCAAUUCUGUUUAAUCAUUUUACCUUCACGUAAUUUAUUUUUUCUCAAGUAUAACGUCAUGAAAGACAAA